AUGUUUUUGUCGUUGGCACUACUGGCAGUGCUAGUGAGAAUUCAAGUAGCGGCGUCAAUACCUGUGCUAACAGCUGAUGUAGCGCACGCGAUCAGCUUCGAACGUAGUAAUGCAAAGUCACAAACGGAUGCCUCAGGAGGGUUGGGUCAAUCGUCUUUUGGCUCGAAGCAGUGGCUGCUCCGCGGCGCAAUUUCGCAGUUUAAUCCGGCUGAUGUCUCCGCACAUGCAGGUCACACUGUAUUUAUUCCCACCGAGGUACAUUUAACACAAGCCGACUGGAAGCAACUUGUGUCCCUCCCUGUUAAUGGGGUUGUCGCUGCCACCUCGCCCUUCGACACACACAAUGAGCUACUGCUGCAGCACCAGCUCUCUCGCGCAACUGUGUCCAUCCCUGUUUAUUUCCUUCCUCAAGACGGGGUGGCUGCUGAGAAACUGAAGAAGAUGUUCGCCACUCUAGAAGUCAGCGAGUAUGCUGCAGUGUCGAUCGGAAACAGUGUUCGGGAGGUAACCCCAGCAGCGAACGCCUCGUUUACGGGUAUUAAUAUUUAUGCGUCGUUGAAAGUAAAACCGAAAGAAGCUUCUGCGGACACACCACGUCUUCUCAUUACCGCUUCCUUCGACACUCUGGGCGUUGCACCUGCUUCUCUCACAGCUGGCGGGGCUUCAGCGGCCGUUGCUGCAGUGGAUCUGUGGUGGAGAUUCAAUGCGGAGGCUGCGGUGAAUGCCGACAAGAACGCUGGUGUAAAUGUUAAUGCGGCUCCACUAAAUCCCUACAGCGUUUCCUUCCUGUUGGGAAAUACGGCCAGGUUCAACUACGCAGGAACAAGGUGGUGGCUAUCCAACCAACAAGAGGAGGAUCUGGACCGGUACGCACUCGUACUCUGUUUGGACGAGCUCCUCACAAGCGACCGUAGCGAUAAUACUUUCGGGGAAGACGUGGAUGGUGAGUCAACUGAUGGCAAGCAGAGCGCAGAUGACUCUUCCAGACUAUACAUGCACGUACAUGAUUCCUUCCACAACGAUCCAUAUUACUCACAAGUAAAAGAAUUAGCUGAGGCCACGGCGAUCAAGCAGGGCAUUCACCUCACUAUUCUUGUCGCAAAGACGAACUAUCACCACUACGAUCUCCACUUUGAGCACGAGGUGCUAGCACAUCGGCAGGUUCAUGCUGUUACAAUUUCUUCUACGAGAAGAUAUCGGUCAGAUCAGCUGUUUAGAGCUGCACGUUACCCGCUCUCAACAUUUCCCAACACAACCAAGAAUUAUACUGAUGUCGCCAAGCAACUGGGCCGUCGUGUUGAUUUUGUUUAUGCUUUUGCUAAGGCAUUAUUACGUCUUCCUGAGCAUGGUGCCACCACGACCAACAAUCGGCUGUGGGUUGGUAAUGAUGCUUAUAUGCUAGGAAUGCUGCGUCAUGCCGCCGUGUCGCACCGCAGUCCCGUUGCUAAUGGUGGUGCCGAUCAGUUGAAGUUCGCUAAAAGCCUUGAACGGCAUAUGCAAAAUCGAUUGGUGAUGCCGUCAUCACCUUUGGGCCGCCGCGCCCUUUCGUCGAGUGUUUCUCUCUCGACUUACCGCCUCAAACCCCCUGGUAUUGUGCUUUUCGGACCGUAUGAGGACGUGGCACAUGUAUCUGUGGUUAAGCGAAAAAGCAUGGAGUUGUUGGUCCUCUUGGCGGCGGUGGUGGCUGUAGGUAUUUUUGCUGUGCUGGAGUUCGGGUUCACUCGAACAAUUCGUGUCCUGAUGAAUUGCGAAGGGGAGCUAGAGACUGCUAGCAGUGGAAGCAGUUGA